GGAAGUGGGUGUGGUCGGGUCUCCCUGCUGCCCUGGCGGCUGAGGGACAGGUAUGGAGUGAGGGAGACCCCUCCGCACGUCCUGAGGUGUGCACUUUCCAUAUAAAGAUUUAAAAUGGCUUCAAGAGGAGCAAUAGAGACCAGUAAACUAAAACAGAACUUGGAAGAGCAGUUGGACAGGUUAAUGCAGCAGCUGCAAGACCUGGAGGAGUGCAGAGAGGAACUGGAUACAGAUGAGUAUGAAGAAACCAAAAAAGAAACUCUAGAACAGUUAAGUGAGUUCAAUGACUCACUGAAGAAGAUCAUGUCUGGAAAUAUGACUUUGAUAGACGAACUCAGUGGGAUGCAGCUGGCUAUACAAGCAGCCAUCAGCCAGGCUUUUAAAACUCCAGAAGUCAUUAGAAUGUUUGCCAAGAAACAGCCAGGGCAGUUACGGACAAGGUUGGCAGAGAUGGACCGAGAUCUGAUGGUUGGGAAACUGGGACGGGACCUAUACACGCAGCAGAAGGGGGAAAUCCUAACUGCCCUCAGGAAGCUUGGAGAGAAGCUGACUCCAGAUGAUGAGACUUUCCUGUCAGCAAAUGCAGGUGCAGCCCUCAGCCAGUUUGAGAGAGUCUCUAGUGACCUUGGAUCUGGAGACAAAGUCUUUGCUCUGGCCAGUGUUGAAGUAGAAAAAUCAAAACAAUGAAGAGCUCUAAAUGUGGAGGAAGUAUGUGAAAUAUCAUUGGCAAAUGGAACAGCUGGCUGAGAGUAGAGCGACAUACUAUUAUUAUACAGCACCCCACAGAGAAAGCGUGACUGUGGAAAUCUGAUGUGUUCAUGAGUCACAGACGCACUCAGUCCCCAUUCUAACAAGCUUUUGAUAGAGACAGAAAUCUGGUAAGAGAAGAAAUCUACCCUUUAUUAGAAAUUCUAUGUAUAUUGAAAUUAUUUUUCUGAUAAAAAUUAAUUCCUUCAUUAAAUAAAUGAAAGCUGUUUACGAAAUGGAAUGAUUAAAUGCAGGGAUUUGUUAGCAUUGUAGUAGGUAAAUUAUAAAGUAAGAAGGAAUAAAGAUUUCCAACUGUA